ACGCACAUGUAGAUUUCCGAGAUCACCCGACCAGAUACCUCGUCUCUAUCCCAAUCAUCUCCGUUCGAAAUCGCUCACAUCCAAUACGGUACAGUGCGGUGCAGCACGCCGUGCGCAGAGCUCUCUGUUCGCCUUUGCGCCGUUCCUCCCGGCGAAUCUUCCGUCCUUGUAACCCGCAUCCCUCGCGUACACCAUCUUUACACCAUCUACCUCAAGCGCGAGCGACAUGAGCCUCGCAAUGGCCGGUGCUACGGCCGCUGUAGCACCCGUCCUCGCCCCGCUCGCAGCGCAUCAGUCCCCAACUCCCCCCACCGCCCGCCGUGUCCCGCACGCGGCAACCAAGCCCAUGCACGGGCCGCCAUGCGCCGCGUCAGCUGGCCUGCUGCGAUGCCCCGGAUUCCAAGGGAGCCUCAGAAACCCCACAAGUCCCACCAUAUUCCGGCAUCAUAAACAUAAUAAGUAUCAUUCCCAUCCCCACGACCCCCAUCUCCUCUCGCACCGCCACAUUUUCGUCCCCGCGUCGCGGUUUGUCGUCGCGGCAUCCUCCACUUCUGGCUCCGCCCGCCAUGCAGCCGCUUCACCCCCGCCCUUCACUCCCCACUCGCACCGCCCCCCCGCACACUCCCCCACUCACUCCCCCGCACACUCCCCCUCGCACUCUCCGUCACCGUCCCCGUUUCUGGAACACUUGCCGUCCGCGAACGCGCCUCCUCGCAACUCGGUCAGCGCCGUCAACGCCGCCGCCACCAACGCUGCAGCGUCGCCCUCCGUCUCGCCAGACACGCGAGCAGCCGCCAUUUCCGGCGGAAUGCCCGGAGUGGUACCAUCCCGAGUACCCUCCGCCGUGGACGGCACGCCUGCCGACCGUCAAGUUCUGGCCGGCGACCUCCUCUGGUUGCCGUCCGAGGCGCCGCUCGACGGCAACGAGCACGGGCCGGCACGGCCGCCGCUGUCGUCGCAAUCGAGCCGUUCAUUCACGGCCCUCCACGUGGCAGAGAUCCUGAACUUCUUGCAUGGGCCUCCCCCAUCGGUCGUAGGCGCACCUCGUGUUGCGCAACAACACGCGGAAGUUGCGGAAGUUGCGGAAGUUGCGGAAGCCGCAGAAGUCGCGGAAGUUGGAAAUACCAUGCACCCCGCCCGUCGCGAGGAGGCGGAGGCGGAGGUGGAGGCGGAGGCGGAGGCGUUUCCGCCGCAAUCACCCCGUGCCCCAGUCGCUGCGGCGGCGGCGGUGGCGGCGGAACCGUUUCCGCCUGUGCCGAUUUUGGCGCCUGCGGCUCCAACGGCGGCUUCGCCCGUCACGCAAGAAACAGAGGUCGCGGCGGCGGUGGCGGCGGCAGCAGCGGCCCGCGCGGCGUCGACGAGCGCAGCGCGGUGGUCGCGAGUGUACAGCCACGUGAACGAGGAGCGACCGCGCGAGUACUGGGACUACGAAGCCAUCCACAUCCCCUGGGGCGAGCAGGCGGACUACGAGCUGGUGCGCAAGGUGGGGCGCGGCAAGUACAGCGAGGUGUUCGAGGCGCGCACCGUGCGCGGCGGCGCCAGGUGCAUCAUCAAAGUGCUCAAGCCCGUGCGCCGGAAGAAGAUAAAGCGCGAGAUCAAGGUGCUGCAGAACCUGGCGGGCGGGCCCAACAUCAUCUCCCUGCUGGACGUGGUGCGCGACCCCUUCACGCGCACGCCCGCGCUCGUCUUCGACCUCGUGGAUGCGAUCGACUGGAAGCUGCUCUACCCCACCUUCACUGACCUCGACGUCCGCUACUACCUCUACCAACUGCUGCUGGCGCUGGACUUUGCGCACUCGCAGGGCAUCAUGCACCGCGACGUGAAGCCGCACAACGUGAUGAUCGACCACCAGCGCCGCCAGCUGCGUCUCAUCGACUGGGGUCUCGCCGAGUUCUACCACCCGGGCAUGGCCUACAACGUCAGGGUCGCCUCCAGGUACUUCAAGGGCCCGGAGCUGCUGGUGGACCUGGAGGAGUACGACUACUCGCUGGACAUGUGGAGCUUCGGCUGCAUGCUCGCCGGCAUGGUGUUUCGGCGCGAGCCCUUCUUCUGUGGGUGGGACAACGCGGACCAGCUGGUGAAGAUUGCGCAGGUGCUGGGCACGGACGGGCUGUUUGACUAUGUGAAGCGGUACGGUGUGAAGAUGGACCCGCACCUGCAACUCUUGCUCGGCAGGCGACCGCGCAAGCCAUGGUCGCGAUUCGUGACAUGCGACAACCACCACCUGGUGUCCGCUCAGGCGGUGGACUUGAUAGACCGCCUGCUGCGCUACGACCACAGCACACGCCUCACUGCACAGGAGGCCAUGGCGCACCCGUUUUUCGAUCCUGUGGCGCCUGGAAGGGGUGCGGCUGUGUGAACGGAGUGAUUGGUGGUGAUGGGUGGUGAUGUAGGGCCCAGAAUGUAGGACACUUGUGAAGGGGUGGAGUCGGGAGAGGAGACAGGAUAGGCGGAGGCAAUGCAGGGAAGCAAGGCAGGGGACAGGUCCUCUUCUCUCGCUCUCGUUCUCUCCCUCUCUCUCUAUAUGCCUCGUGUGAGACGAGUACCACCAUGUACAUACAUACAGCACAAGCUGCCUUUUGAUUUUGGCGUGGAGCACACGCGAGUAAAUGACUCGCGCAUCCCCCCCCAGCGUCCAGCGUCCAGCGUCCAGCGCCCAGCACCCAGUCCCAUCAACUCGAUGCCCAUGCGAUGAUCUUCUCCACUGCAGCUCUCUCCCUGCAGCCCUUCCCUCGCUGCUCCCUUUCCGAGCAGCAAAGUUACCCUGCCCGUACUCAGCUGCCAUCUACUGGUGGCUGGUAGCUGGUGGUUGGUGCUGCACGAGAGAUUUGUAGGCACAGUGCAGGGGGGGCGAAAGCUUGUGGUUGGCUUGUUAUGAAUUUUGUAUGUGUUGCACUUGCUGGCACGCACUAAGCGUGCUUACAAUUGUGUUGCUUACAUGUUUUGUUGUGUAAAGUGUUGGGUUUUAUU